CGCAUGCGCAGUUUGUCGCACUACUCUGUGUGUGCGGUAGUAGUGAUGGCGUCCUCCGCAGCUCGGUGUGCAGCACGCUGGGUCAUAGUUACAGUGUCCUCUAAUGCCCGCACUUGUAGCACUUUUGCCUCCAGGCCUCACGGAGUUCGUGGAGCUUUGGCGAGAGUGGGGGGUGGCGUGUUUUGGUCGGCGGGCAGCCGGGGUGGAGAAGGCACGGAGAAAGCGGUGACAUUGACGGGCCUGUUAGGUGGAAACCCUCAUCAUGUCCUGCCCAGGCUGUCUUUCCACAUUAGUGCGGCUGCAAGAAAUAAACAGGACUUUUACCAGAUUCUGGGGGUACCGCGCACAGCAUCCCAGAAAGAGAUCAAGAAAGCUUAUUACCAAAUGGCAAAGAAAUAUCAUCCAGACACAAACAAAGACGACCCACAGGCCAAGGAGAAAUUUGCACAGUUGGCUGAAGCCUAUGAGGUGCUGAGUGAUGAGAUAAAGAGGAAGCAGUACGAUACGUACGGCGCAGCUGGGUUCGAGGCAGGCAGAGCCGGAGCUGGAGCAGGUCAGCAGCAGUACUGGAGCAGCGGCACCAGCGUGGACCCUGAGGAACUCUUCCGCAAGAUCUUCGGGGAAUUUUCUGGCGCUCGAGGAUUCGGGGACUUCAACGGCAUCUUUGAUCAGCCACAGGAGUACGUGAUGGAGCUGACGUUUGCGCAAGCUGCCAAAGGCGUGAAUAAGGAAAUCACAGUGAACGUUGAGGCUGCCUGCCAUCGUUGUGACGGUAAAGGCCAUGAGCCAGGCUCUAAGGUCCAGCACUGCAACCACUGCAACGGCACAGGAAUGGAGACGGUGAACACGGGGCCAUUUGUGAUGCGCUCUACCUGUCGGCGGUGCGGCGGCCGUGGCUCAGUGAUCACCUCCCCCUGUGUAGCAUGUAAAGGAACGGGUCAGAACAAGCAGAGACGCACCGUCAUGGUUCCAGUUCCCGCCGGUAUCGAGGAUGGGCAGACAGUCAGGAUGCCUGUGGGAAAUAAAGAGAUCUUUAUCACAUUCAGGGUCCAGAAGAGUCCUGUGUUCAGGCGAGAUGGUGCAGAUAUCCACUCAGACGUUCAGAUUUCGGUGGCUCAGGCCAUCCUGGGAGGCACAGUGCGAGCGCAAGGACUCUACGAGACGGUCAAUCUUUCUAUCCCUGCUGGCGCCCAGGCCGAUCAGAGGAUCAGGCUUUCCGGAAAGGGAAUCCCACGAGUCAGUGGUUAUGGUUACGGUGAUCAUUACAUCCACAUCAAGAUUAAAGUCCCCAAGAUGCUAACUGAUAGACAGCGCGCCCUUAUUAUGAGCUACGCAGAAGACGAGACGGAUGUGGAGGGAACUGUAAAUGGAGUCACCACGACCACUACAGGUAAAAGAUCUACAGGAAACUGAGAGAGCAGCAUGGGGGAUGAGGACACAGGGCAGGUGCUGUGACACGACAUGACACACGUCCGUAUCCACUAUUUCCUUACCGGCCUUAUGGAAGAUGAUUAAAUCUAAAAGGACUCUGCUGAUCCACACUGAAGAUGAUCUCACUAGCGUUACGUGCAGUGUCCUCGAGUCUGUGGCAGGCAUUCGGAGAGCUCAACAAACGCACAGAAAUCCCUGACUUGAUUCACAAUGAGUACAUAUCACAUUGCAAUGUUUUGGGUCAACAAUUGUGUGCACUGUUCUUAAAUGAUGUGGAAUUACUCCACUUUCUAUAAAUGUUGAACCGGUCACUGUUUUACAGAAGUCUCACAAACGUUUGAGCGUUGUACAUUAAAUUAAAUUAAAGGUGACCUUUAACAAACAGGAACACGACGUGUCGAAUGUGUUGGAUUUAAAAUUUUAUUAGUUUAACAGAUUGAACUAGUCACACAGUUGGUAGUUAAAAGAACACAUCUGGGCAUACAGACUGAACCAUCAGUAAAAACCGUUACUCAUCCUAAACUAAAUGUUCUGUUAAACUGCUGCGUUAUAGUACAGUCCCCAUUUAAACGUGCAAUAUGUAAAAAUGAAUGAAUAAAUCAGUUAGUCUCUUGAA